GGCGAAUGAGGUGGUGACAACGCUUUCGGGCCUCGGGUUUCUCUUUUUUUAGAAGGUGUCUUAAAUGCUGUUCUCCCCGUUUCCCAUCCCCGCCUGCAUCACCGAUGGCUGUGAGAAUCAAAACAGCUGAACGUGAAAGGCUUUGGAAAGAGAUAAACCACUGGCAGAUGUGAGACGUUAGACGGAAGCCUCCAUUGUUGAAAAGAGAGGUUUUUCAAGAAUGACUUCUCUGGGUCGCCGAAAUUUUUAAGAUGAAAAAAUUUGUAUGUGUUUUCACCAUUCCCUUUGGAAGUCAUUCCAGAAUGUAGACUUUACUUCCCUGCUUCCUAAAACGUUUGUUACCAAAACUCUGCAUUCCUCAGGACUGCUCCCAGGUAAGUCCAGGGUCCCCAGCAUGGCAGAAAACCGGGAGCCCCGCGGGGCCGUCGACGCCGAACUGGACCCAGUGGAGUACACCCUUCGGAAGCGGCUUCCCCACCGCUUGCCGCGGAGGCCCAAUGACAUCUACGUCAACAUGAAGACCGACUUCAAGGCCCAGCUGGCCCGCUGCCAGAAGCUGCUGGACGGAGGGGCGCGGGGGCAGAACGCUUGCAGCGAGAUCUACAUCCACGGCCUGGGCCUGGCCAUCAACCGCGCCAUCAACAUUGCCCUGCAGCUGCAGGCGGGCAGCUUCGGGGCCCUGCAGGUGGCCGCCAACACCUCCACGGUGGAGCUCGUCGAUGAGCUGGAACCAGAGACUGAUGCCCGGGAGCCGCUGACUCGCACCCGCAACAACUCGGCCAUCCAUAUCCGUGUCUUCAGGGUCACACCCAAGUAGUUGAAGUGAGGCUGGACCCCGGUGUCCACCCACCCCUGCCUUCCACAGCUAGGCCCAGAUGUGGCCCUCGCUGGACGGAGGGCUGUCCUGGAGCUCCGGCCAGAGCCACGUAAGAAAAGUAAGAAAAGGCCUGGCCCCCCACCAUCCAGAGGACUCUGAAUUGAGGAGGAGAGUGUUGCCUCUAGUUGGACCCAAACAGUGGGUUUUCCCGAGUCUGCAUGAUCUGAAACCAUUUUUCUCUGCAAUAAAAUAUACUAACUUGUUGAUGUCCUUCCAUGGCACUGUCACUGUCUCUCCCCUGCAUGGACCUGGAAAGGGAGAGCAGGAGACCCUCCGAUGUUUCCUGCCUUCACAGAGAGUGUAGAUCAUCCCAGAGACCAAGGCAGUACAAGACCAUCCAGUACAAGGCAGAGACCUGACAGUCCCAUCGUUUGCUUUAAAAUUUCUGGUCCUCCCAGAGGAAGGUUGGGAGGGUGAAUGUCCACUCUUGCCCACUGAAAAUGCAGCAGGGACAGUUGUAUGCCUGGUAGCUUCAGGCUGCUGCUCUGGUGGAGGGUGACCAUUUCCGGGCACAGAAAAAGUGAGGGCUUAAGGAUGAAGGAAGCACACUUGAGACCAUCGGAGCCUCCUUUGUGUCGGGCUCCAUGGUAGACAAAGUUAGGAACUAAAUGAACCGACACGGUCCUUUGUCUCGGCUGGGCAGCUGGGGGCUGGGAAGGGUCGGCCCCUUGUGGCUGGGCUGCCUUCCCCUGAAUAAUCCUGGGUGUGCAGGCAAUAAAUACGUUCUUGUUUGGA